AUGUGUACAGCUAAUGGAUGCAACUUUCCAGGAAAGGACAAAUACUUUUUCCAGAUUGACCCCUCAAAUCCCAGUUCGGGAUGUCGUCCAUACAAUCCCGUCGUUUGCUCACGGACACCCACAGGGAGUAGUAGGACACCACAUCAUUCUUUUCUGGAGCUGGAGCAGGUUUCGUACUUAAGUUAUAUGUGGGAAAAUGCCUUUAUUGUAGAGCUGGUCAAAGGAGAUUACUAUAGAAAUCUUUUCUCCACAAAUUGUUCUUGCAAAGAAGCUUUCAUUGGGUAUGAUGUAAAAUCUAUUUCUACUCAUGGCUAUUGUUAUCUCAAGUCCUCGGUCUUCCCCUUGCAAAAGAACAAUAAAACAAGCGGUUUCUAUUACAAUUCAAUUGUUUAUAUUAAAGUUCAGUCAAGACCCAAGCCGCCUAAUUACUCAGUUAUAAUUAUCACUGUUUCUGUUGCUGGUGCUGCAGCUACCCUAUUUCUGUUAUUGUGGGCAUGGAUAUAUAAAUUGGCAAACGGUAGGGCAGAGGAGCAGAAGGAUGGGGAUUUAGACUUUCCGACUGGCUCACCUGUGCGGUACUCAUUCGAGGACUUGCAAAAGGCUACAAAUGACUUCAACAUGAGGCUGGGCAGUGGAGGAUUCAGUUCAGUUUAUGAGGGCGUUCUGUUGGACAACACAAAGAUAGUAGUGAAGCAGCUUGACAGAAUAUUUCCCAACGAAAGCCAUCAACAUGUACUAGACUGGAAGGUCAGAUCCAAAGUGAUUCUUCAUAUAGAACGGGGCUUAUCAUACUUGCACGAAGAGUGUCGAGAACGAAUCAUUCAUUUCGACAUCAAGCGCCAGAACAUUCUUCUGGAUGAAAAUUUCAAUGCAAAAGUCUCAGAUUUUGGGCUGGCAAAGCUGAUUAACAGAGAACAGAGUGAAGUGAUAACCAUGUUGAGAGGAACGCCAGGUUAUAUGGCGCCUGAGUUAUUGGACAUGAAAUUUACUGAGAAGGCAGAUAUAUAUAGCUUUGGCGUUAUGGUGGUAGAAACGGUGAGCGGCAGGAGAAGCAGAGAGCAUACAUCACCGGGAUCUGGAUUGUUUCCAGUGUUAUAA